UCAUCAACCCUGUCACCUUUCUUCAUUCUCCCAUAACCACAAAAAUUCUCAAAACCUAGAGAGAGAGAGAAACACCUCAAAGACCCCAAUCUAGAGAGAGAAACCUCUCAAAAAUGUCAAAAUCCACCGAUCUACUCCUAAUCUGUGCCACAAUCCUCCUCCUCCACACCAUCUCCCUCUCAUUCCCCGCCGUUUCCGCCGCCGGUGACCACCGCAUCAGCUGGCUUCCGGCCACCGGAUGCCGCGGAUCUACGGCGGAGUGUUUAGCUGAAGGCGCAGAUCUGGAAUUUGACGAUGAUGAGUUCGCAAUGGACAGUGAAAGCAACCGGCGCAUUUUAGCCACCAGGCGGCGUUACAUUAGCUACGGUGCGCUGAGUAAGAAUAAUGUUCCGUGCUCGCGUCGCGGCGCGUCGUAUUACAAUUGCCGGUCUGGCGGUCAGGCUAAUCCCUACACGCGCGGCUGCAGUGCCAUCACGCGCUGCCGUCGUUGAACGCUGGUGGUUGUUAUUUUUAUUUUAGUAAAGAGCUAUUAUUAUUAUUGUUAUUAUGAUUUUAAUAUGAGCUAAUUAAAUUUAUAUUAUUAGUUUUGGUGAAAAUAAGAUCUGGAUGUAAUUUUGAUUUGAUUUGGCCAUGUAUAACAGUUUUAUGUGUAAACCUUUGUGCUUAAUUGACUUGUACAUCAUGCAUUGGAGGUUGUACCUUGAGACACAAUUAUUGAGUGUACAUCAUGAUGUAGAUGUUGUACUUUGAUAAUAAACAAACAUGCUUAAUUGACUUGUA